GAGAAAUUCUCGCGAUAGUUGCAGCAGCAGCUGAGAUCCCAGGAGCAGAACAGGGGAGUUGACAUGUCAACAAAAGAGAUAAAUUAUCACCACACAGGCAUGUAAAGGUGUGCUGGUGUGGAAUAGCCUGACAGGUAAACUCCAGUGGACCCGCAACCCCCCUCCACCAGUAUCUUCACCUGCAGUUUCCAUGACGACCCCACCUCUUGUGUCACCUUUUGGCGGGCCACCACAGCAGCAGCAGCAACAGCAGGUGCAAGCGGCACGUGAUGUCAACACGGCCUCACUGUGUCGGAUCGGCCAGGAGACGGUCCAAGACAUCGUCCUCAGGACCAUGGAGAUCUUCCAGCUGCUCAGGAACAUGCAGCUGCCUAAUGGAGUCACUUACCACCCCAACACCCACCAGGACAGGCUGGGGAAACUCCAGGAGCAUCUACGAACGCUUUCUGUGCUCUUCCGCAAGCUGCGCCUCGUCUACGAUAAAUGCAACGAAAACUGUGCUGGCCUGGACCCCAUACCUCCAGAGCAAGCCUCCUGCUCCCCUCCCCGGGCUGAGGUGACCACCAGGGGGCAGUGUGACGUAAAGCAGCAGGCGGUGACCCUGUCGGCUCUCAGGAACGCUGGCUCGCCUGAAGGCUCUUGCACAUCAGCCUCACUCUGGUGUCAAGCAGACAAGCAACUGAUACCCUUUGUGGAGGAUGACGGCUCCAAACAUGAGGACCGAUCAGGUGGGCAGAGCCGCUCUGCCAGCGAGGAAAGGAGAGAAAUCCUGGAGGUCAACAAGAAGCUGAAGCAGAAGAACCAGCAGCUGAAACAGAUCAUGGACCAACUCCGCAACCUCAUCUGGGAGAUCAACUCCAUGCUGGCUGUGAGGAGCUGAGCCACACACACAUGUAUGUUCAUACAAGGUGCAGUCAGAAAGGUCAGAGAUGUGACCUGUAAAAAGCCCAAAACAAUACCUCAAUUAAAAUAAAGUAGUCUUCAACACAUGCUUGGUCUCCCCCACACUUUCCAAAUGACUGCUCUUCUAAUGGAAUGUAAAAAAAAAAAAAAAUGAGUAAACUCAUUCCUACAGCCUUGCUCAGGACGUUGCUGUAGAACUCACCAUUGGCUUUGGCACUGUUGGUGCUUCUUCUGCAAAACAAAUUACUGUUUGGUUGCUGAGACUCCCAUCCCGGGUAACAGUCUAUGAAAUGUUGAUAAAACUCGUUGCAAACUUCAAAAACAGUGCGCCCGUUUGAUGGCAUAAAUGUGCACCUGGAUGUGGUCACAAAAAUUUAUGUAACAGGCCUUGAUGAUGAUGACCCCUGACUCACAAAAGUUAACAGUUUGCAUGCACAUGAUCAUGCCAGUCUUUCUGAACAGGAAUAAUCUCAGAGAUUUUUGAUUGCACCUUGUAUGUAAGACACAUGGACUACAGAUAAUGGGACAGUAGGUCCUUAAACUGGACAUGUGACAGGGUACCGCAGACUGGCUGAAGCAGCACUUUACAGAAGGAAUUGGUGCUUUAGCAAUAUCAACCAACUUCUUAAAGAAGACAUUAAACAAUAGAGAAUUCAUGAGAGGAGACAAAUGAGCUCGAUGCCACAGAGAGGUGAGAAGACAUCCCAUCGGAGACCCAGGGGAAAGAGGGCGCCAAUGUCAUCAGCAUGGCAGAAAAUAUUCUGUCCAUCUCGAUAGUCAAUGUUGCAAUCAGCUUUAUUUCUCUCAAUUAAUCUGAAGAGUUGAAGGGUUUUAUCUAUCUGUAGCUGCUAGAGCAAUAGAGGGUUUCUACCUGUAGACAAAUUUAUAUAUUCUAUUUAAUCCUUAUAUUCUGUUACAUGCCUAUAUUACAAAUGUUUAUUGUUCCCGAGAGCUUCAAUAAGAUAAAGCACUAUGGCAAAACCAUGAGUCUUAUUGUGAAUAUGUUGAUCUGACUUUUCAAAGUGGAUAUUAACUUAUAUUCUAAUCCAGCUGUUGCUCCAGAUCUGAUAUGAACUGUGUCAACUAUAAAUUUUCCUUUGAUUUUUUUUAAAGCCAGUAUUUCUAA